UGUCCUAAUGUUUCCUUCAUGUUGGUAUUCAUCAUGGACAUAAUGAUAUCAUUAGAUAGAACUGACACCCUCAAUAGAAAUUGUUUUGUAUCAAAUGUUGAACUGUACUUAUAAACAUUAGAACUUUUCUGAAUAAAUCUAGAGUUCUGCGUAGGUCAGUAAUAAAAUAAUGUACGGUAUUAAUAGGCAUUAACACUAACUGCUUUAGAUUAUUUUGGACAUAUAUAAGGCCUUAUAGUUGUUACAUUAUUUUGGAUAUAUUCAGCUAAGUCAAGUGAUGUUAACAUUUACAAUUCUCUGUUGAAAAAAGCGUUUGAAGGAUAAAUAUCACCAGCUUCAAUACGUCGUGGUCGUAACAUCAGUACCUCAAGAGUACAGAGGCAGCUUUAGAACUAAGACAAGCUAUUAAGAUUUCACUUGCUGUUUUUGUUAAAUAUCUUACACAUGAAUUCGAUACUUGCUUGUGAACUAUUGGUAUAUAUUUCUAAGAGAUGACGAUUUGUUCUCAACAAAUUCAUGAUGGCUGGAACUGGACUUAUUUUAUACUUGUUUGUCAUUUCUUCUGUUUUGUCCCAAAAUGUCAUCAAACCUGUGGUCCACAUCGUGGUUAUGGAGAGCACCGGAGCGCAAGAUAAUGGUAAUACGUACUUUGUGAGGUAUUUGAAACCUUUGCUGGAUCUGGCGUUGGAUGACGCUCGGGCAAUGUUUGGCGAUUUGAUUGACAUCGACAUGAAGCACGUGGAAACGCUCUCCGGACUGAGCCAGAUAGGGGCACUUGCUGCUAAAGUAUUUUACAAGGAUCCAGUGCAUGUUUUCUUUGGGCCAGCCUCUAACGAGGGUGCCGUGACUCUUGGAUUCAUGGCACUGCACUGGAAUUUGCCCGUAUUGACGCCAAGAGGGAACGACAUGCGACUGAGGAAUAUAACAUUCUUCCCAACAGUGGUGGCCCUUCACCCCUUUGAUAAAGUUAUACUCACCAAAUUCAUCAUGAAGCUGUUUGACAAGUAUGGCUGGAAGCACAUCUCCUUAUUUGUGGACCGCGACAAAGCUGUGAUGACAUCUACUUUUGAAAUAGUUAAUAAGUUCUGUAUUGAAAAUGAGAUCAACUGCUACCAACACAUCUUGAGCUGCUUCAAUUGUUCAACUCUUGACAAAGAGCUGCUAGAGUCGAAGGUUUCUUCAAGAGUCAAUCUCCUCCUAAUGGCUAUCUCAGACGUCCGAUGUUUAUUGAUCAGGGCAUCCUCUCUGGGCAUGUUGGAGCCAGACUUUGUUUACAUACUGCCAGAUAUUGAAGGAGUGAGACACGAGAACGCGUGGAUAUGGCGCAAUAAUGACUCGUAUGAUCAAGCGAUGAAUGCGGCAUUUCGACGAGUGAUGUUGAUCAUAAUAAAAACGCCUUCCCAUGCUGCCUUUGACGCCAUCUUGAAACGUCUGAACUCUAAAAUGUUUGGCAAUGCUACGUCACAGUACGUGUCUGCUUCCUUUGAAGACGAAGUGGAGGAGAACGCAGGUCACGAUGACACAAGUGCACAGCAAUACAUUCUCAGCGGGUACUACAAUUCCUUCCUGGUCUAUCUGACUGCAGUCAACGAGACUUUAGCUGUCGGCGGAAACAUCUCAGACGGCAUUUCUUUGGUCAAGAGGAUGUGUAAUAGAACUUACCUAGAUGGAAGCGAUGAUGAGUUCCAGAUAAGUGACCAGGCUAACAGAGUGGUCAACAUGGAAGUAGCCAGUAUGUUGGAUGAACAGAAUGGAACAUUUGAGACCAUUGCAGACUUCAAAGUCUUGACAGAAACAUUGAUUUUUAAACGGGCCGAGUAUGAGACUGGCUGGCUAUCUGAUGGAGAGUAUGUCCUAGACACACCAAGCUGUGGCUACCUUGGACAAAAUUGUGUAUCAAGUGAUUCCAGCCUACAGACUGCCCUCAUCGCUUCUUUUCUGAUUAUUCUUCUCAUUAUUGGAGUGUCCGUUGUAAUUAUUCUCAGAUUACGCUAUAUUCAACGUUUAAAAAAUUUAUAUUGGUGGAGGCUAGAACCAGGAGAGCUCCAGUCCAUGAAAGUCCACCUGACAAGGUCUGCACUUUCAACAUCUAUACACCAGGCCUCAUUGAAUACAUUAGACACUCGUGCCUCAAACAGAGAGCCUCUACUGGGAUUUCUGAAGGGACAGAUUUCACAGAUGCAUGCACUGCCUCACCUUCACGUCUCGGUCAAUGCAGGUCUACUGAAGGAAUUUGAAAAGAUACGAGACAUCAACCAUCCCAAUUUGCUUCGUGUGCUUGGUGCAUGUCUAGAAGGGGAUAAGAAGGUGAUCAUCACAGAGUACUGUCAGAAAGGUACACUGCAGGUGUUGUUAAUGGACGCAAGUUUUAAACUUGAUUCUGUGUUUGCUUUGUGUAUAAUAAAUGACAUUGUUAGGGCACUUGCCUAUCUUCACAAGCACCCAAUCCGCGUCCAUGGGCGUCUCACAAGUGAGGUCUGCAUGAUUGAUUCACGUUUCUCAGUCAAGGUGGGCUACUAUGGACUGCCUUCUAUUUACGGGUCGAUCAAGGAGGUCAACAAAUCGCUGGAAGUAGACAACAUAUGGCUAGCCCCUGAACUUGCGCACUGCCCAGAUGUCUCAACACAGAAAGGAGAUAUCUACAGUCUUGCUGUUAUAAUGUCAGAAAUCCUUGCUCAUGAUGACAUCAGCACCAUCAGCAAAAGUCACAGCGCGUCGCGAGUUACAAGUGCAACAAGACAAGAGGACUCUAUUCUGAGUUCAAAGGUUAAAGACUCCAAUGAUAUGCUUGCCAUGGAACAUUUGAUGAGGGAAUGCUUAGCUAGAGACCCAGACAAAAGACCCUCGAUAGAAAGAAUCCACGGAAUAAUGCACGCACUCAUGUUGCGUUCCAACCAAUCUGGCAGCCUUGUAGACAACUUACUUCAAAGACUUGAGAAGUACAGCAGCAACUUGGAGAGAAUCGUGGACGAGAAGGUGGAAGAACUCAGACAAGAAAAACACAAAUCAGAAGAACUAUUACGUCAGAUGUUGCCGACCCCAGUAGCUGACCGGCUGAAAGCUGGUCUCCUGGUAGAGCCAGAGUUCUACGACUGUGUAACAAUCUACUUCAGUGACAUUGUUGGCUUUACAGAUAUUUGUUCUAUGUUAGAACCUGUACACAUUGUCAAGAUGUUGAAUGAUUUGUACUCGUGUUUUGAUGGGAUUAUUGAACACUUUGAUGUCUAUAAGGUAGAAACCAUAGGCGAUGCCUACAUGGUGGUCUCUGGAUUGCCGACCAGGAACGGAAACGAACACGCCCGUCAAAUAGCUCGCAUGUCGUUGGUACUUUUAACCGCUACAUCAAGUCUGGAACCAGUAAACACACCAACACUUGACAGAAUCAAAAUUAGGAUAGGAUUGAACUCAGGUCCAGUCUGUGCCGGUGUGGUGGGUCACAAGAUGCCACGCUACUGUCUAUUCGGUGAUGCGGUAAACAUUGCGUCCCGCAUGGAGUCUAAUGGGAGCGAGUCCAAAAUUCAUACCAGUUUGAGUACAGCCAAAAUAUUGAAGACAUUUGGAACAUUUAUUCUUGAAUCUAGAGGUGUUGUAUCUAUUAAGGGCAAAGGGAAAAUGGAGACUUUCUGGUUGAUCGGAGAAAAUGUCUAAGUGUCAAGGAAUGGUGACCAAACACGUGACCCGUGGGAUGUUCUAGAUCUACUUUAGACAGACUAGAAUUUCUACGCAGCAAUCUUUUGAACCUGGUCAUGGCAGACGUGGCAAGCAGCACCAUGCUACAUUGUGUCUGAUAUUUACUUAAAAUCAUUGCAUCGAUUAAAGAGACUCAUGGUUCUGUCACUGGGUGUGUCCACUGCUGUACAGGCACAGUAUGCUCCACUAAAUCUACUAGUUAAGUAGCGAACAGACAGAUUGUAUGGAUACAGUUUCGUUUUUGAAGUGCAUCGAAAGAUAUAAAUAGUGAUGUUUUUUGUUAAAGAUAUUAUGAAUAGAUUGAUAAACACAAUUAGUGCCAUCCUUACAAAUAGUGGGUUGGAGUGUUUCAUUGUGAAAUCUCUUAGUUAAUUUUAUGUACUACUGAGCCGGCAUAUCUACAUAUACAAAUGUAACGAUUUAACUUAAUAAAAACUUUAAAAAAAAAAUAAAAGUGUAUAUUUACAUAAGUAUUGUUAAUUGUCCACCCCCCCCCCCCCCCCAUUUCUGCACAAUUAGAACUUUUCAAAAAGUAAAUAAAAUUGUUUGAGUAUUUUGAAACUAAAUAACAUUUCCUUAAGGUUUAAACUAAUGUUGUAUUAGCAAUGAAAAAAAAAUGUUUUUGUCUUUUUUUUUU